AUAAAUUUGAAACGGCCCCCACCAUGGAAAAUAUAUACACCUAUAACGGCUAACAACCUAACACAUGAUGGUCUAGGAUUCGCUUCGGCAAAUCGCUCCUGAUUUUGGUCACACAGCUGAUUAAUGGUGCGAGUUUAGCCAGUUAUGUAGGUACCUAUAGUGUUCUCGUCCGAGUACGUUAGCUACCCGCGUUAGCGUUGCACGUGCGAUGGUGCCAUGUCUGUCGUCCGGUGCGGUUAUUGCGGGUGUUUUGACAUUUUACUUAUUGAUUGUUCGAGGAUCCACCGACGGUUUUUUAAGUACAGGUCAACUCAUUGAAAACCAUGGUCAUCAAUCGUAUAGCAAGCAUUCAGUAAUAACCGAAGAUGGAUAUAUAAUUAACUUAUUUCACAUCAAAGGCCAAGGCGGCCCUCCAUUUUUGCUUCUCCAUGCACUUAUGGGAGCAUCCGACCAAUGGUUACUAAGAGACGGAGAUCAUGAUUUACCCUCAAUUUUAGUUAACAGUGGUUACGACGUCUGGUUGGGCGACUUUAGAGGUAACAUAUAUUCUAAGAAGCACACACAUCUCAAUGUAUCUGAUCCGGAGUAUUGGAAAUUCAGCAUUGACGAAUGGGCGUAUUAUGAUGUGCCAGCCAUGAUGGAUUACGUGUGCAACAAUACGGAGUACGAUAAAAUGUAUUUAGUGACGUAUUCUUUAAGCAGUGCCAUUGUGCUGGCGACCGCGUCCGCAAGACCCGAGUACAACGACAAAAUUAUCGUCAGUUAUCAUCUGGCCCCGUUCUUGGCGUUCACCAACAUCAAAUCUCUUCUGUUACGGAUAGGCAUACAGUUUGGAGAAUUUUAUUUGGCAAUAUCACGAAGCAUCAAGAAUCACGAAUUGUUUUCAAGGAACCAUUGGACAAUGAACUCUAUAUCACUGUUCUGUAAUAAGAAAUCGAUUUUCUUAAAGGCGUGUGUAACUUUGUUGUCUGAAUUUUUCGGAUUCGACACUUCUGGAAACUCUACUAUGGACCUGGAUUUUAAAUUGACUUACUCGAGGGCGGGCGUAUCGUUGAACAGUAUAGACCAUUUACUUCAAAUGAUCAAAGCCAAUAAAUUUCAACAUUACGAUUUGGGACAUAAUAAGAAUUUGCAAAAAUAUGGUCGACCCAAACCACCAGAAUACGAUCUACGGAAAGUCACGUCACCCGUUGUAUUGUACUACAGCAAGAACGACAGGGUCGUAGACAGUGGUACUAUACACAAGCUGAUCUCGGUUCUGCCAAACGUCUACCAAACAAUAAUGAUUCCUCAUAAUAAAUUCGGUCAUAUAGAUUAUGCAUUUAAUUCAAAUGCUAAAACACUAGUUUUUGAUUCGGUUAUUAAUAUAGCCAGACAAUUUAGAAUUGCCCCGAUCCAUCAACAAUACGGUUAUUAUUAUUAUUAAUGAAAAUAUUUUGUACAGUUUUUAGGUAUUAUUUUUGUACAAUCAUUGUAUUUUUAUUGAAUUAAACCAAAGUUAAUUUAUAGUAA